GCAGUGCCGCCCGCCGGCGGGCUGGGCCGGAGCAUGUGCAGCUGCGGCAGCACCUGGCAAGGAGCCGCAGCGCCGGGGAUGUGAACCAGGCGGGGAGGAAGGCCCUUGACUCAUCAGAUAAAUCCAGCCCCGCACGGCUGAGCGAAGGCGGAGGAGGUGCGGCGGUGAGCCGGGGAGGAUGGCGGGGGACAGCGAGCAGCGGCUGGAGGAGCAGGGGCAGCCCAGCGGCGGCGAGCCCUUCCUCAUCGGGGUCAGCGGCGGCACGGCCAGCGGCAAGUCCUCAGUGUGCUCCAAGAUUGUGCAGCUGCUGGGGCAGAACGAGGUGGAUUAUCGCCAGAAGCAGGUGGUGAUCGUGAGCCAAGACAGCUUCUACAGGGUGCUCACCUCGGAGCAGAAAUCCAAAGCACUCAAAGGCCAGUUCAAUUUUGACCACCCAGAUGCCUUUGACAACGAGCUGAUCGUGAAAACGCUCAAAGAGAUCACAGAAGGGAAGACGGUCCAGAUUCCUGUCUAUGACUUUGUCUCCCACUCCAGGAAAGAGGAGACGGUGACAGUGUACCCUGCUGACGUGGUGCUCUUCGAGGGCAUCCUGGCUUUCUACAGCCAGGAGGUGAGGGACCUGUUCCGCAUGAAGCUCUUCGUGGACACGGACGCCGACACCCGUCUGUCCCGCAGAGUGCUCCGAGACAUCAGCGAGCGAGGCAGGGACCUGGAGCAGAUCCUGUCUCAGUACAUCACCUUUGUCAAGCCUGCCUUCGAGGAGUUCUGCCUGCCGACCAAGAAAUACGCUGAUGUGAUCAUUCCCAGAGGAGCAGAUAAUGAAGUGGCCAUAAACCUGAUAGUGCAGCACAUCCAGGACAUUCUUAACGGAGGACUCAGCAAACGCCAGAGCAACGGGUACCUGAAUGGCUACACUCCCCCGCGCCAGCGGCAGCCCUCAGAGUCCAGCAGCCGGCCCCACUGACCCGGGCAGAGCCGAGGCCAGCACGGCCCCUCUGUACAUACUGUCCACUCGUUCCCCCCUUAUCUAUUUAAGAAACCAGACGGAGACGAAUGCCUUUAAUUUUGUAUGUUGGAGUUGCCCAACGAGAAGCAGCCGGUUGCUCGGGAGCCCGGACCACCCUCAGCUCCCGGCCUCGCUCCAUAACUCCUCCAGCACGGAUCCGGCUAUAAACCUCUAUAAAUAUAGAAUUGCUCUAUUUUUGCGUAAAUGCAGAAUAACGUAAAAUUAAUUGCUGUCAGGUAUUUGCCAGGCUCAGUGUUGCUGGGAGGGAGUGGGGAAAAGGGGAUUCUAGGAGGUGUUGGUGUCAGGAACUUCACCUCAAACUCGGUAAGGAAGGAAGAACUGUGGUGGUUUCCAUCCUGGGCAGCCUGAGUGUUACACCUGGGUUGGGUUUGUCUGUUCCUACCAUUGCUGUUCAGGGGCACGCAGCCUGCUUCUGGCAGCUGGGAGAAUGAUGGGGAAUGAUCUCCCCCUGUCUCUGCAGCUCCAAGUCUCAGCCUUUCAACAGAGUGUGGCCUGAAUGUUA